AUGAUCGAUUUUGCUAACCGUUCAGCCAAUGGCAUAGUCGUCACGACUACACCUACCGGAUUGGCCCGGAUAAGAUGGCGAUAUUGGCUGAUCUGGAUGAUACUGAAUGCAUCUUUUGUCCCUUUGGUGUACUUCUUCUAUCCCGAAACCUGUGGGCUCACACUGGAGCAAAUCGACCAGAUUUUCGAAGCAGAUGAUUCUGGCCGGAAUUCUCUCAUGCAGAGCGUCAAGGAAAGUCUUCGUAUGCAGCAACCUGAUUUCAUCUUCAGGGGGGACUAUGAACAUCAGGUCAAUGAGAAUAAAACCCCUAAGCGCGAUGUUGAGGUCGAGCAUGUUGCGACACUCGCAUAG